AUGCUUUACAGCAAAGCAGACAUUCCCGCUCGGCAAGAAGAAGAUCAACUGUAUAUCUAUUCUUUGAUGUUGUCCUGUCGGGUGCUGUAUCGCCGAAUCCACCAAGACGAGUAUGCGAUAUCUCGCGAGUAUCUCCAGCAUCGAAAGCGCCAAUGUCUGCAAAGCAGCGACUGCUCUCCAGGAGACGACCUGACAUUUAUAUCUGAGCUUUUCCCACCCCAACCACCGCAGUACACUGCUAGCAGGUCGCACGAUGAAUUCCCUCAAUAUUCCUUCGGCUACCUAGCCGACCUAAGCCGCUGCUGGGUGACUUGCCUCAGAUUGUCAUACUAUCUAGCCGAUUACGCAGUACACCAUCAUCUGCAGCAUGAUUCUGACGCUCAGCCUCUUUGGUCGUCCUCAAAGACCGAAAAGGAAGUUAUUUACAGCCGAGGUGUGGACAUGCUUCAAUCUCGGUUAUUGUAUCCAUUGUACGUCGACCCAAUUGAGCCCAUGCCAGCCUUUACACAGCUUUUAACAUUUUCCAGGGCAUACCUCGCAUUCUUCCUCGAAACCUACGCAGAUGCCCGAGACGCAGCAAGGGAAACAGGGAAACCCCAUCAUCAGCUCCAUUCGCUCGAAGAGCAACAGUCCAUUCUCCAACGGCCUCCAUUCACAACGAACGAGGUCCUCCUCUCAACCCACCACUGCAUGCAUCUCCUCUGCUCUUCUGUUCGCCACAUGAUGAACCCCGAGUUCCCACCGUCCUCAACCGGAAGCUGGCUUAGUGUUCUUCUCACGACAUCCACGCUCGAAAGGAUCCUAGACUUUUUCAUUGCCGCAGCGGACGACCAGUCCGCAGAAGCGCAGCACGCGCACGCCAGGAACACACAGAGCCAUACUCACACGCGCACACAUCACACCUAUACCAGAAAUGUAUCAUCCACCUGGACGAAACGGAGGGAGUUCCUGCUGCGGAUGCGAAAGGACUGGAAUGAGUACCUGGCGUCUGUGGAUGGUGACCGAAUGGCCGCUGACGAGCAAGAGCUCGUUGCUCCUCCGGGUCUAAGACAGGUAUGGUUUGAGGCAGCUGAGAAGGAGAUGUAUCGACGUGGUGUAAUUCCGCAUCGCUGUGAGGAUCCAGUUCACAUUCUCCAUGGGUCGUGUAUCAGGUUACAUUGUGAAUUCUGUGAUGACCAGUAUUGA